GAUGACGCCAUCGCUGCUCGCCCCGCCCAUCCUCCUGGUCUCCGGUGCCUGCUUCGCAGUUCCUCCGAGACUCGUUACCCGGCCGCCGCCGCCAAAAUGUCUGCAGGUGUGCCUGCAGGUUCAAGUGCUGCCGCGGGCAGUAAUCGAAGACUUCAGCAGACACAAAACCAAGUAGAUGAGGUGGUUGACAUAAUGAGAGUCAACGUGGAUAAGGUGUUGGAAAGAGACCAGAAGCUCUCUGAGUUAGAUGAUCGUGCAGAUGCACUGCAAGCAGGCGCUUCUCAGUUUGAAACAAGUGCUGCCAAGUUGAAGAGAAAAUAUUGGUGGAAGAACUGUAAGAUGUGGGCGAUCGGGAUCAGUGUUGUGGUGCUCCUCAUUGUCAUCAUCAUUGUGUGGUCCUUAUCUUAAUGAAGAAGCCAUGAAACUCAAGCCCGCUGUUCAGGAAACCUCUUCAAGACUUUUGACUUAGAAUCUGCUUUAGUAUCAAGCUUACCUACUGUUAUUUUCAAAAUGAGUAGUUUUAUUAGUUUAUGUACAGUUCAAUGUCUAGGAAAUGUGCCUUUGUUUUUUAAUAUGCACUCCAAACUAGAGGUGUGGCCAGCCCUGCCUACAUUUUGCACAGUGCCUUUGCAGAUUUACAGAUGGACUGAUAAAGAAGACCUCUCAAGCUGGAGUGCUAGAAUCUAGAUGUGUUGUGAUGUCAUCACUGACUACUUGCCAUUGAUUCCAGAAAAGGAAACUUGUUCCAAGUCAGCUAUCCUAGUCAUCUGACAUUUUCUUCAGAGCCACACUGUAAACCUUUGGUAAUCAGAUUUCCAAUUUGUGCCUUCCAAAAAGAACACUACUGCCUAACACAAGUCUGUCAUAACAGGCUGUGCCUUAUUUUGCCACUUUCCUCAUUCUCUAGAGAACCCUCUCCUUUUUGUAAGCACUACUGACUGUCACUGUAUUUAAGAUAAUAUGCUGGUAAAGAGUGCUUCUUAAAACAUGUUCACUUUCUUGUCAUAUAGCACUUGCUAAAACAGUAUUUUAAUUAGAAAUAACCUCUUUCAAAAGCUUUUAUGCAACUAUAUGACCAAAGUUUCUGUUUUGCCAAAAUAAUAAAUAUAAGUGAAAUGUCCUUAAGUCUAUCACUGACAGAUAAACUCAAGUAAGUGCCAAAUGGAACUCAUGGUGCCCUUCAAAAGAAAAUGUUAAACCCUGUUAACCUUCACCAUCUUGUCAGGCCUUCCUUGCCCUGUGAGAUGCUAUAGAAUCUGCAGCAUGGAUAACACAGCCUCUUCUGAUUUGACACUUCACAGGGGCUGGGGGAGUUAGACUCGUUCUUGUAGACAGGGUUUACCCAGUAGUUUACAGACCUUUAGCUGUGGACUCCAGUGUGUUUCUAAUUAUUUGAGUGACAGUUUAUAUAGCUGUCCUAUAAGACCUUCUUUGAACACGAUUAUUAUCUGGUCCAGUCCGCAUAGGCUAGAACUUGUUGAAGAUUGUUUCCUAUUUUUGCUCACACUUUACUUCCUAAAUAAAUUUUCUAAGUUACACUUGGGGUGAGGCAUUAGUCAGGGCAGGUGAUUCUUCAAGGGAUAGCUAACCAGGAACACUUGCUUUCUUCAGUAUCAGGCUCUGAACAGGCUUCUGUUUUGGAAGGAGCCAUUGUCAUCUGAGUGACUUGUGUAAUGAGACUUUUAUCAUGGCAUGUGGCUCAAAUGUGAGAGUUCAGGCUUGAAAGAAAACAGACAAGAAGGCACCCAUUAUCAUUCUGUGGCCUCUUACUAGAAUGUUCUAAAACUUGUGUUUGCAUGCAAAGCAUCAACAGCUAAGAUGCCAUAGAACCUGGUUCCAUUUCUUUAUUAUCUAUUCCCUUAACAUCACUGAAAUGAUACAAUGUUGAAGAAAUGCCUUGCAGUAUGCCCAGCUGUGGGAAAGGAGCCAGCAGCCCAGGGCCUCUAUCCAGGUCUCACUUUGCAACCUUGGUGCUCUCUCCUUGAUAUUUGGUCCCUUGUGACCCACUCACAUUAACCCAGGGAUGCCUUGCUUGUCUGUGCAUUUAGCUGGGAACUUACCCAUUAUAAUGACUUGAAUAAAGCAUUUAUUAACACGA